AUGGAAACAAUACAGAAAGAGCUGGACAAGCUGCACAAACGUCUGCCGGGCCUCGUCGAGCCGACGACACGCAAGCCGCCCAAGGACAGCAGCAGUAAUGUGUUCCAUGCACUAGAUCGACUCAUCGAUCGCCUUGAAGCAGCACACCAACAGCUAACUCCGCAUCAUCAACAACAACAUGCAGAUGGUGCAGCGAUAUCAAGUGCAAGUCCUUCCAGCACGGCAGCGCUCAGUCACGUGGACCUCAACGUUCUGCUCGCCGAGCUGCGCUCCGAAGUUGAGUUGACGCAGCACAAUGUGGCCGACCGACAACGGGAGUUCUACGGCGCACUGAGCAAACUCGGCAAGGCGCUCGAGAAAAAGUUUCCCACAUCUGCCUCCAAAAUGACCGACCCGGCGCUCUUCUCGAGCUUGCCGGCGCAGCAUGCACUCGAGAGCGUCGUCCUUGAGCAUUUCCUGCGCCAGGGGGACUGGGACUUAGCGAAGUCGUUUGCCGAGGAGGCGCACAUGUCCAUUCCGAGCCAGGCGGCGGCGAACUUUGAGGUGCUGCACAGCACGAUACGUGCAAUCAUGGCGAACGAGCUCGACCCUGCGAUCGUAUGGGCCGAGCGUGAACGCACAUUCCUGACGGAGCGCAGCAGCAUCUUUGAAUACGCGCUGCACCGCAGCCGUUUCCUCCAUAUCGCGCUCGGCGUUGAUACACGUGAGCUGGAAGGCAUGAUGCCCGUGCCUGCCUCACAGCAAAGUGCGGCCAUGGCCCUGGAACCCAGCGGCAUCAACGCUGAUCCAGACGGAGAGAUGGUCGACAUGAUGGAAGAGUCUGUGUAUGAUCUGAGAACAGGUGCUACGAACGCGGCGGCACCCGCGAGCGAUUGGGCGCACACCAACGUUGACCGUGCACUCUUCUAUGCUCGGCGCCACUUCAACUCGUUCUCUUCGCAGCAUCUACCAGAGAUCCAAAAACUCCUCACACUGCUCCUCUUCAUGCCUGUGAUACCCAUCAAAGUCACGAGGCCAACAGGAAGCACGGAUCCGGAGCCAUCAGCGCCCAUUGCUUUGGAAGACGUGUUAGACUUUGUACCCGCGCCAUACCGCGUCUUCCUCGACUCAGACAAAAUGCACGCACCCUUCCUCGCGCCGCUCUUCAAGGCAGAGUUCUGUAUGCAGAAGGGCAUCUCCAAGGACCCACCGUUGCGCGUUGCGGUCGACCUGGGUGCUGGAGGCGCCUUCAACAAGAUCCUCAAAGUGCGAACGGUCAUGAAGGAGAGCGGCACGGACUGGAGCCAGGCGGACGAGCUGCCGAUCGAGAUCCCGCUGCCAACACAGUUGCGCUUCCACAGCAUCUUUUGCUGCCCCGUCAGUAAGGAACAAGGUACAGACGACAAUCCACCCAUGAUGAUGGCGUGCGGGCACGUCGUUUGCAAGGAAUCGCUCAACAGGUUGAGCAAAGGAUCAGGGUGCGUCAAGUGUCCGUACUGUCCGAUCGAGUCGACUGUCGGGCAAGCGAUGCGCCUUUACUUUUGA